AUGGUGCCGCGCUUGAUCCUUGCGCUACUGCCCGCGCUGUUGCUUUCCGCCGCCGCGGAAGAUGUCGGCGCGCCCGUGCCAGAGAACAAGAUUAACUCGCACCUAGACAUCUCGACGCCGGUGAAACACGAUGACCCGACGCAUCCAGCGAAUGCUGUUUUGCAAGAGCCUGCGAAGGUGGCGGCAGUAGCGGAGCCGUCUGCUAACGAGAGCGCUACGGGAGUUGCAGCUGGCAAGAAGGUGUCAGUCACUGAGAUCAGCUUCGACAGCCUCAUCGACGAUCUCGUGUGGUGUGGCAACAACCACACAACUGUGCUCCUCAAAACGCAGAGCGGAAGGCUGUACCGCUCGUCAGACGGAGGCAUACAGUGGACGGAAAUCACGCACCUAUUCCAGGGAAGCGCGCGUAACGGCAGCUACAAAGUCGACUCUGUCGUCGUGUGCGAGACCGACAAAAAUGUCGUGGUUGUAAUCGGAGACUCGAAAACGCAUUUCAUUUCUGGCAAUGCGGGGCGCAGCUUCGUACGGUUGGAGUUCGAGGGGACCAUCAACAUGUGGUUGUUCCAUCCGUUGAAACCAUCCUGGGCCUUGCUCAGCUCCUGGGAGGGGGCAUGCUUCGCCAAUGAAAAUGACGAGGACUGUGUCCAUUCCAUUUUCGUAACACGGGACAUGGGACGAACGUUCGACAGGGUUGCCAGGUACGUGGCGCAGUUCAGCUGGGGAGACAUCACCACCAACUCCGAGGAUCGCAUCUACUACAGUCGCUACUCCAUCGAGUCCGGAGACCAGCCCAAGCAGGAUGGAUGGAACAACGGCAUCAGCUUCAUGUGCACCGAUGACUUCGGAUACAGCUCCAGCGUCAUAAUGGAGGGUGGUAACAAGUUCCUGGUCUCGGGGAACUACGUGUUCGUGGCGAGGGUCGCCGACCCCGUCAGGCAAACCGUAAACCUAUACGUCAGCACUGACAACGCGGUCACGUUCAAUAAGGCAGAGCUUCCGGUAGAACUUGAGGAGCGCAGCUACACCAUACUGGAUACGUCUGAGGGCGCUGUUAUCAUUCACGUGGGCCAUGAGUACGAAGGCGGGGAUAUUGAGGUUGGCAACGUCUACAUCUCUGAUGCCUCGGGUCUGCGCUACUCACUAUCGCUACCCAACAACAUCCGGUCGGCUUCCGGAGAGUGUGAAUUCGACAAGGUCUACUCACUAGAAGGUGUGUAUAUCGCCAACUUUAGGGAUGACUCCGGCGGAAUGCUCAACCCGAGGAACAAAUUCAAGACGCACCUCGACGGCACCAAAACACAGAUCGACCAGAAGCGCAACAGGCACGUUUCACACAGCAAGGUGGAACCCAACAUUCGCACCGUUGUGUCAUUCAACAAGGGUGCGGAGUGGCACUACCUCCAACCCCCAAAAGUCAACUCCGAGGGCAAGCCAUACGACUGUGAGGAGGGCAAGUGCUUCCUGCACCUGCACGGCAUCACGCAGUACAAGAACUUCGCGCCCUUCUACUCCGUUGAACAGGCGACCGGUCUGGUACUAGCAACCGGUAACGUCGGCGACAGGCUCAGGUUUGACCCGUCACAGGUCAACACCUUCCUCAGCAGAGAUGGAGGCCUCACGUGGACGGAGGCCCACAAGGGUGCCUUCAUCUACGAGUUUGGUGACUACGGAGGGCUCAUAGUUAUGGCGCAGGACCAAAAGAAAACGAAGGAGGUUAUAUUCUCGUGGAACGAGGGCGCCACCUGGUUUGACUUCAGCCUCAGCAAACACGACGUCAGUGUGAACAACGUUGUCAUCGAGCCAAAGUGCUCAUCGUUGAAUUUCAUACUCUACGGCAACAGAAAUGGGAUCGGUGUUGCGUUCCACCUGGACUUCAGCUCGCUCGGGCAGCCACUCUGCAAGGGCAUAUGGAGCAUAGACUCCAGCUCCAGCGAUUACGAGACGUGGCAUCCGACCGACCCUCAUGGAAACCACUGUUUGCUGGGGCGUAAAAUGGUCUACAAACGCCGCAAGCAGGCCUCAGAAUGUUUCAACGGUAAGGAGUUCAGGGCCACAGUGGAGAGGGAGGUUUGCAACUGCACCCCUGACGAUUACGAGUGUGAAAUUGGCUUUACGCGCGCUAUCGGAAGCAAUACGUGCAAAAUCGACGGCACAUGGCUUAUGCGCGAAGGGUGCACUUCCUCUAGCUUCUUCUGGGCCGAUGCAUACCGCAAAAUCCCUGGAGACGUCUGCACAGCCGGGUGGAUUCCACACCAGGUUGCCGUGCCGUGCCCGCCACACUCGCCGCUGUCGAAGGGAAGCAAGGCCGUGUUGUCCACAAUCAUGGUGCUUGCCAUCAUAAUGAUGGCCAUUGUCUACAUAUCCCACAACGACAAGUUGAAGCACCUCUUCCACAACUACGGUUUCAAGCAGUUCAACUACGUCGCCUACACCCCGGUCAACGCCAAGAAGGCGGCACAGCGUGGAGCCGGGUUUGGUGGUAGAUUCGAGCCGGAGCUCGGGUUUAUCGACGCGGAGCAGGAGCAGGACGAACCCACGUUGUUGAACUACCUCAGCGGGAACCGCGCAGCGUCAAACUCCCAGCAACAGCAGGCAACAAGGGGAGAGCAGAGGCAGAUUGAGCUCCUCUGA